GUUAAAUCAAUAACUGCAUGACACUCCAAUAAUUAAAAGCAAUGUCAUCAAGUCAAAUGUUGACCAUAUUUUAACCUCUCAUUUUCCUUUCUUAAUCCUUAAUUAAUAAAAAUUUGAAAACAAAAAAAAAUCUUGAAAAAGUAAUUUACCCUUUUAAGUUCAACAAUGUGAGAUUUUUUUGAUAGUAAGUGAGGAAAAGUGAUGGAGCAUGAGUGUUGAGUGAUGAAAAUAUUUUUGACCGACAAGUUAAAACGAAGAAGGCUGGGCAUCUUGGGUCUCACGUGAUAGGCAGAAACACAUAAAUCAAUGUUUUUUUUAGAAAUUAAAAACAAAACAAAAAAAAGGAAAACAAAAAAACUCAUGUUUUGCUGACUCAGCUGUAACUAUCAACCUCCACACUACCCAGUUGGAGCUUACUCCAUUGGAUCACAAACAUCAUUUCUCUCUCUUUGGACCAUCUUCCACGUGUUUAAAUCGCGUCCAUUCAUUAACCCUAUGCGGCGGUUCGUAUUGUUCUCCCACUUCACUGUGACAAACACCUCCCUCACCGCACUGUCACCCUAUCACCGCCCCCUCACUCUACCCUUUUCUCAAGUAAUUUCUUUAAUUAGAGAUAUUUUUGCCCCCCUCUCUGACCCAAUUAUACAAACCCAUAAAAAUUACAAUAAUUAUUUUUUAAUUUAAUUUAAAUUUACCGUUUUUCCAAUUUCGGCUGAUGGUAUCCUAUAUAAAACCCAACUCAAGAGUCACUUGUUUACCUCCUCCUUUUAUUGCUCCUCUUCACACUCCCUACUUUCUCUCUCCUCUCUUCACAAUACAUUUUUCACAAAAAAAAAUUGAACUUUCCCCUUACUUAUUUUUCUCCUUACAUUGAAUCUUCCUUUCUCACUGUAAUUUUCCCCAAUUUUUUCCACCAACUUUCGCCUUUGUUGACAAUUUGUUCUUCUUAAUGCGAAGAACAGAAAUAAUUGAUAUUGUUUGAACCAAUCCACCCUUAAAGAAGAUGGAUUAUUCUCACUUGCUAUGCCCGGUGAAAUACACCGAGCAUCGCAGCGUGACGAAGAAGCAGAACCUAAUCAAAGUAUCAAAGAAAUCGAUACCGAAACCACCACCUAGAGUGGUCCGUGUAUCGGUUGUAGACAACGACGCAACCGACUCAUCAAGCGACGAGGAGUCGGACUUAUUCGGUCGUCACCGCGUAAGGCGGUACACGAAUGAGAUAGUGAUCGAGCAAACCACGAGUUUGAAUAAUGCAGCGGUAGCAACAACAACGCCACCUAUUGUCGCCCCUCUUUGUAAGAAGGCCGGGUCCAGGAGAAAGUCAUCAGCAAACACGGCCGUGGCAACCGGCCAACCCGGUGGCUCGUUGGUGACUUCCGGUGGCGUUAGGAAGUUUCGAGGUGUCCGUCAACGGCCUUGGGGAAAAUGGGCUGCGGAGAUUCGAGACCCGGCGAAGCGAGUUCGGCUUUGGUUGGGAACCUAUGACACCGCGGAGGAGGCUGCAAUGGUUUACGAUAACGCUGCGAUUAAGCUUCGUGGUCCUGAUGCGCUGACCAAUUUUGCAACUCCGCCACCGCGUGAACCACCGGCUCCGGUGGUGGUCGAGACUCACGCGCCGUCGACUUCCGGCGGGUAUGAGUCUGGUGAUGAGUCUGCUUCUCAUAACAUUCUCUGCUCACCAACUUCUGUCCUCCACUUCCGCGGCGGUUCGACCGGUGAAGAACUCUCCCGGUUCAAACCGGACAUCAUCAAACAUGAGGAUGAAUUGUUGUUUUGUCCGGUUCAAGAACCAAGCAACAGCUUGAUGAGUAACAGUAACAGUAUCAGCAACAGCAGUAGUAGCUGUCCCUUGGAGGAAUGUCAAGGAGAAUCAUCAUCAAAUAUCGGCGAUUUCUUAGAUACGCCGUAUCUGAAUGAUUUCUUCAACUUUGAGUCACCGGAACCCAUGAUUUUCGAAGAUUCCAAACCGUUGGAUAAUCUAUUUACUAUCGGAGAUGAUUGUGAUAAUCAGUUCCAUAACCAGUUCGAUUUCGGGGACGUCUUCGUUGAUUCAUUUAUGGAUGAUUUCGAUUUUAGUACGAUGAAUAACAAUAACAACAACAGUUAUUCAUCGUCUAACUUAUUACAAGUGGAUGAUUAUUUUCAAGAUAUCAAUGAGAUUUUUGCAGCGGAUCCUCUUGUAGCCUUGUAAUCUGACUGGAAAAAAAAAAGAAAAUGGGAGAGAGUCAUCUUUUUCAGGCCGAUUGUUGAUCGGCAAGUUUUGUACCGGCGGCGAGUAUUAAUUAGAUUUUUUGUUUAAUUUUUAUGUUAGUAGUACUAAUAUUAUUCUCUGUUAGAAAUAUAGCGGAGAAUUUUUGAGGAAUUAAUAAAAUUAAUUAUAUGAGAGUAAUUAUUUAGGCCUUUAAUUUUGUCAAGUGAUGAUGAGUUGUAUACAGUAAAUUCAAUUUGGUUGAAGAAAAAUGGAAAUACAGAUUACAAUUUGUUUCCUA